AUGGAACAUCUGGGCACUCCACGUUUAACCACGAGCAUCUUAUCAGUCCAAGUUAGAGCUUCCCCUCCCGACCUUCAACAACCACUUCCCCCUCAAACCCUUCAACAAAUCAGCCUCAAAUUCCGUGUCGAAGUCAAAUGCCGUCACAUACAAGUAGCCAAUAACAACACCGUAAUUUCCUUCACUGCCCAUAGAUACCGACGCCUUCCUUUCCCAAUCUGCCACCUUCCUCUCGCCCUUGUCGAACGCGACCACAUCCCUGCGUUGCAAAAUCGAUUGUCGGUGCACUUCGCUGAUUAUAGCGAGCUCGUUGAUCCUACGAAGGUAGCGGAUGAGAUCAUACGGAAGUGGAUUGAAAUUCGAGAGAGGGAAGAUUUGAAUGCGUUUGGGAGAGUUUUUCGUCUGACUGUUACGCUGAAAGUUUGGAAUGUUGGGAUGUUUUACGAUCGACGAGUGGAAGAUGAAGUAAUGAGUUGUGAUCGGAGUCGUGGUAUCGAGAUGAUAUUGAUGAGGGUGAGAUUUGAAGAGAUUGAAAGCGAUGAUGUUUGUGUGAUUUGUUUGGAGGAGUUGAAGAGGAGGAAGAAAUCGUUGGUGGGAAUGCCUUGUUUUCAUGUUUUUCAUCGGAAUUGCAUUGUCAAGUGGUUGGCAGAUACCAAUUCCUGUCCCGUUUGUAGAUUUCAAAUGUCGAGGGCUCGUAGGCCCUAGAGAAGGAUCUACGUACUUUGUUCGAGAGGAGGAUUGUUGGGAGGGGUCCCACAUU